AUGGAUCUUGCCAGGACGCCGGCGCGGCGGCCCAUGGAGCCCGGGCUGGCGCGGCGGCUGUGGCACGUCGUGCUCGCCGUCUGCCACAUGCUGCGCCGCGGCCUGGGUCGCAAGCGCCUCAUGAUGGACAUGCACCUCCUCGUCGGCCGCGGCAAGCUCGCCGGCCGUGCGCUCCGCGGCCUCCUCGUCCACCCUACCUCCGGCGGCCACCACAUCGCCGCCUCCUCCUCUACCUCCACCAUGGCGUCCUUCUACGGGCACCGCGCGCGGGAGGUGGAGUUCAGCUGCACCACCACGCCGUCCUACCCGCAGUACUACGGGCUCUUCCCCUUCAAGGGCCGAGGCGGGCGUGGCCGCGGCGACUACGGAGGCCUGGACGCCGCCGCGGUGGCGCGCGCGUUCGAGAUGAUGAGCGCCGACGUGGAGUCCGGAAGGGCCACGCCGGCGGUGGCAGGGGUGGCCACGGCGACUCCGUCCCCGAUGGUGGCCUGGAUCCUGGGCCGCAGCCCCGCCGGCGUCCGGCCGCUGCGCGUCACCGACUCGCCGUUCCCGGUCGUGCCGGAGGGCGGCAGCAACGAGCGCGUGGACGCCGAGUGCGACGACUUCAUCCAGAGGUUCUACGAGCAGCUACGGUUGCAGCACUCCGUCGCCACGCCGGAGUGUAGCUAG